GCAUAUACGCCUUGUAUAUGCCGAUUGCGUUGGGAGCGAGCAGUUCCGAGGAUUGUCGGACCGGACUGCCGGAAUUCGCUACCGGAAUGACGUGUAUUCCGAUGUACAAAUCGCCAGAGUUCUCCGUUGGAGGACAGCGUGGCGAGGUCAUUGUGGAGAAUGAUGGUGGUCGCAGUUCUUCGUCGUCCUCUUCGUCUAUUGGGAGGAACAGCGACGAGUCUGCAGCUGGUGGUGAUGCCGACGGUGAAGGUCUGGAAGUGCAGGGUUCGGCAAUCCAUUUGGAGGACUUGGAGGAGGCUUUGCGGUUGAAGGAGGAGACCUGGUCACUGUCAUUGAGAGUUUUGUUACAAUAUUCAGAUUCUUGCUUGGACUGUGCAUCAACUCGAUUUUACAAUGGUAGAGAUACUCAAGCUAUUGAAACUGAAAAGCAUUGUAAGCAAAAGUUACCAUUUCCAAAAUGACAGGAUCUGUGCCUCAGCUAAAAAGACAGGAAAUGGUGGCAGUGGCUGAGAACUGGACUAUGGAUUCUCAGCACAAUAUCAUUUAAGGUCUUGUCAACUAAGAGCAUAUUUUGCCAUGGAUGCUGCCUAUCCUGAAGUUCCUGUCAAGUUGAUGAAUAAUCUUUUCCAUGCAAUGAACAGAGAACUCUAUUCAAUCCUUGUUUUUGUGCUUGAACGUGAUCCUAAGGAUGUUUGGCGACUGUGUGGAGUCCAUCUCUAUGCAGGUGGUGAAGCCCAAUGAGCAGUCACUUUUUGCCCUGGUUGUCUUCACCUCUUCGGCAAUUGUUGACUUGGUUCUUAGAGGUCUGGCAAAAGCAAAAUUUACAAUUAAGGGCAAGAAUGUGUGGAUGCGAAAAUUCAUCCCGAAAGCCUAAGAACCUCUUUGAUCUUCCCAGUAGUGUUUCUAUUUUCUAAGUCCAGUUAUGUUGUUUGUUUCAGUUUGUAGUGAAUGAAGGCCAGAUAUGAUGCUCUCUGGUUUCAGUUUGUAGUAGACAAAGUGCAUCAUGUAAUAUAUAUGUUUUGUUAAUGAAUGCAAAUCUUCCAUUUCUGUUGUGAA